UGGGAAGGUAAAAUUGUUUCCGACUCGGUGUACCCCUGAACUUGCGUUCCCAAGCUUUUGCUCCAUUUUUGAAAAAGGGCAAAAAAGUUAUUAAAAAAAAAAACUGUAGCAGUGAUUUUUCGGUUUUUCGCCCUGCCCAAGCCCUCCCAUCUUCUUCUCCAAAUCUCCUUUCUAUAUGCACAUCUCCAUGAAUUCAUGCUUCAAGCUCUUUGCCAACUCGUAGAAAGAAUUUGAAUCAUUCCAAACUGAUAACUCAUAUACAAACGGGCAUAAGGGAUCCCACAAUAUUCUGUUCUCUGAUCAUGGAGUAUCGACGGGAGAAAGGGGAAGCUGGUCUUGCCGUUCUUCUUCUAUAGACAUCAUCACUCAUACGCAUAAGGAGAGAGAGAGAGAGAGAGAGAGGUUUCCAGUUAAUCUUCUUCAAUGGCGGGUUCUUCAAUCAUGGAGUCACUCUUCCAACGGACUCUGGAAGACCUAAUCAAAGGCCUCCGCCUCCAGCUUCUGGGCGAAUCCACCUUCCUCUCCAAAGCCAUGGAAGAGAUCCGUCGCGAGAUCAAAUCCACGGACCCCCACACCAAGGCCGUCGCCCUGCAAAAGCUCACUUAUCUCCACUCCCUCCACGGCUUCGACAUGUCCUGGGCCGCCUUCCACGUCGUCGAGGUCGUCAGCUUCCCCUCCUUCGCCCACAAGAAGAUCGGUUACCUCGCCGCCUCUCUUUCGUUUCACGACGGCACAGAUGUGAUCCUCCUCAUCACGAACCAGCUCCGAAAGGACCUCACCAGCACCAAUCAAUUUGAAGUAAGCCUCGCCCUUGAAUUCUUAUCGAGUGCGUCGAACACUGAUCUUGCCCGCGACUUAACCCAAGAAGUAUUCACAUUGUUGUCGAGUGCUAAAGUUUUCGUUAGGAAGAAAGCAAUUGGUGCGAUGUUGAGGAUUUUUAGUAAAUACCCAGAUGCUGUAAGGGUGUGUUUCAAACGGUUGGUUGAGAAUUUGGAGAGUUCGGAUCCAUCAGCCGUGUCCGCAGCGGUUGGUGUGUUCUGUGAGCUUGCCGCAAAAGACCCCAAUUCAUAUCUUCCUUUGGCACCUGAGUUUUAUAGAGUAUUGGCUGAUUCUAAGAAUAAUUGGGUGUUAAUCAAGGUGAUAAAGAUAUUUGCUAAGUUGGUGCCUUUGGAGCCGAGAUUGGCAAAGAGGGUGGUGGAGCCUAUUUGUGACCACACGAGGAGAACAGGGGCAAAAUCGUUGAUGUUUGAGUGCAUUUGGACUAUUGUGAAUAGCUUGAGCGAGUAUGAAGCUGCAGUGAAACUUUCAGCCCUGAAGAUUCGUGAACUUCUGGUUGAUGAUGAUCCAAAUCUUAAGUAUCUUGGAUUGCAAGCACUCUCAGCUCUUGGGCCGAAGCACUUGUGGGCAGUGUUGGAGAACAAGGAGGUUGUGAUUAAGUAUUUGAGUGAUGCAGAUCCUAAUAUCAAACUUGAAUCCUUGCGUCUAGUAAUGACAAUGGUGUCUGAAAAUAAUGUGGUCGAAAUUUCAAGGGUUUUGGUUAACUAUGCACUCAAAUCAGACCCACAGUUUUGCAAUGAGAUUCUUGGAUCCAUCUUAUCUACUUCUUGUAGAAAUUUUUAUGAGAUAAUAGUAGACUUUGAUUGGUAUGUGUCACUUCUUGGGGAAAUGUCAAGGAUUCCACACUGCCAAAAGGGAGAAGAAAUUGAGAACCAGCUUAUUGAUAUUGGUAUGAGGGUCAAGGAUGUUAGAACAGAGCUUGUUCGUGUUUGCAGAGAUCUGCUGAUUGAUCCUGCAUUACUUAGUAAUCCUUUCUUGCACAGGAUAUUGACUGCUGCUGCUUGGGUGUCAGGGGAGUAUGUGGAGUUAUCAAAAAACCCAUUUGAGCUUGUGGAGGCAUUAUUACAACCACGUACCAGUCUUUUGCCCCCAUUGAUAAGGGCAAUAUAUAUUCAGUCCACAUUUAAAGUAUUAAUCUUUUGCCUGCAUUCUUAUAUCUUGGGAAGGGAAAUCAUUGCUUCUGCAUCCUCACCUUCUGAUAAUUUGGCAUCAGGAGUUUCAGAAGGCUCUGAUUUAAUAUGUGAAGCUCCUGCUGAUAGCAUACAGGAUGGAGGAUUAAGAAAUCAAUCAUUUGAAGAUCUUUCUGUCGAAAGUGCUGUGGAUGUACUUGUUCCUCAUGGCCAGACGAUGAAUUCUUUUUCUCCAAAGAAAGUUUGUUUCUCACAUGAAUCUAUUGUUAACAUGGUGAGUCUUAUUGAAGUGGCAUUGGUCCCACUAUCUGGAACCAAUGAGGUUGAGAUACUGGAGAGGACACGGAAUGUACUAGGUUUGAUUCAGUUGAUAAAGCAAGAGAUACCUUGUUUAAUUCAGACCGAUGGGGACUUUGAAAAGGAGAAACUGAAAGGUUCCAAAAUUAUUAAACUGGCUUAUGAUGCCUUCACCACAGAGCUUGGUCCAGUCCCAUUGAGUGCUCAAGAAAGAGUUCUUAUUCCAGAUGGACUAAUUCUCAAAGAGAACCUCUUUGACUUGGAAGCAAUUUGCGGUGAUGUUCAUUUACCUUCAUCAAGUUCGUUUUCCCUUACAGGUUCUUACUCUGGGGAAAGAAUUGGGACUUUGCCCCUAGAUAUCCAGAGUAAAGAAGAAUCAGAACCAUCAACGGAGUCCACAUCUCUCCUUGCACAGCAUCGUAAGCGGCAUGGGUUAUAUUAUCUUCCUUCAGAGAGAAAUGAAGUUGUAUCCAAUGAUUAUCCACCUAUUAAUGACCCUAAGUUGCACGAAAACCUCAGUGAUGAUGCAGAACAUCUUGUUAAGCUCACAGAGAAUUCACUUUUUCAAAAGAAAAAAUCAAACCAAGCAAAACCUAGGCCUGUGGUGGUAAAAUUGGAUGAGGGAGAUGGAGUAAUUGUCGCAGCCAAGAACCCAGAAUCGAAAGACAAUAUUCUUUCUGGUGCUGUGCGAGAUGUUCUUGUGGGCAAGGAAGCUGUAGGCACUUCAUCAAGAAGUUAUCCCUUGGACCAGUCAUCCAGUACGAGAAGAGGGAAAGGGAAAGUAAACACUGUUGUUCCUCCCGAAUCAAAACAAAAUUUAGGUGAUGCAGAUAAGUUUGGACUUGAAAAUAGAAGUUUAGCAAGAAAGAAACACCAUGUUGUUAAAGAGAGAAGACAUAAAACUGAAAGGAAGAAUGAUGAGGAAGGAGAAGAAAGUGGUCAGAAAGGAAAGCAGAAGAGAAGUCUUACCCGUGGUAGGCGCAAAGCCCAACAAAGAGUGGAUGGCCCUUUGAAUGUGGGUUCAGAAACAAUAGCAAUCCCAGAUUUCCUUCUGUAAAAUCAAGGAUUUGGACUUUUUUAAUUAUUGGUUGCUACAAUGAACUUGGAUGAUGUUACACCCUGCACACAUUUGAAUGCCAAGCUAUGAGCAAAACAUGGUCUCUGAGACUCUACAAAUGAACCAUCACGAGUGAGGAGGCUGAGAACGAUCUUUGCAAUCAGCAAACAUAUUCCAUAUCAAGGCUUUAAUAGUAGACGUGGAAAACCUGGGUUCUGAUGGUAUCAGUUCUAGCCCUUGUUAUGAGCAAAAUGGAGAAGCUGACAAUCUGAAUGGCAUGCAAGCAGGUUAUAUAUAAAAACGCAAGGAAACCAAAAGAUAUGACCUGGUGAGAUAUGUGCAACGAUCAAGUUGAUGUUGAUGAAGAAGGUGAUGAUGACAGUGAUUGGGAGCAUCUGCAAAAGAAUAUGGAGUGAUGAAGUGGUGUUGUGCCAACCGUGCGAUAGUUAACCUUGAUGAUGUUGAGAAUUGUCAUGAUAUGUGGGGAACACACAGAAUCUGGAAUUCUUAAGCACAGAUUUUUCACGUCUCUUUUUUCUCUAGCUGCAAGUCUUGCUCAGUUUGAGACAGAAAUAUUUGGUUGGUGCAAAGGUGGUUACACAUUAUUGCUAUUUUAUAUAGAGAGAUAGAUAGAUAUUUUCUUUCAUUAGCAUCGAUGUGCAAAAGGUCUUGGUAAGAACUAUUCCGCAUGGAGCUCUUCAUUUUCUUCUAGUCAGAUGGCAUUAUAUUGGUUGAUGCUUUUGCAUUUUUUUUCUUCCUAUUUUAGUAGCUAAAAAACUGGUUGGUUCUUUAUUUCACAUUUUAUAUUUGGUUCUACAAAGAGUUUGUCAAGGUAAUUAGUUGUUGCGCCCUUCAACUUGUGCCUUGUUAUUUCUAGUUUGGAUUAUUGCAGUGGAAACGAUGUGUCUCACUAGUAUAAAUAUAUAUAUUUAAUUAUGGUGUCA